AUGUUCGGAGCAGAGGAGGUUUGCACGGCGCCUCAGCAGGAGAGGGAGUUGGAAGCGACAUGUGCUGGGGGCCCCUCGGAAGGCAGCGAAGCGCAGGCCAGAAAGAGCCGCUCCUCCCGGUCCUCGCGGGCCGGGCUGCUCUUCCCUGUGAGCCGCAUAGACCGGCAGCUGCGCAGAGGCCGCUUUGCUGAGCGCUUUGGAGCCAGGGCCCCCGUCUAUCUGGCUGCGGUGCUGCAGAGGGUGACGCACGAGACCAUGGACGUGGCUGGCACGAUCUGCAAGAACAGCAAGCAGAAGCGCAUUUCUCCAUCGCACUUGCAGGCGGCGCUGCAAAAGUGCUCCGUGCUCAAGCGGUCCCUGCGAGGAGCUGCAGGGCACAGGCGCCGCAGAAGGGCCGGUCCCCGAAGCCAGCACGUGGCCUCAGACUCCAAAAAGAAGAUGGCCAGGAGUAAGAAGAGGUGCCCCAGGCAAAGGCCUGUGCCUGCCCGUGCCACUGCUGCUGUCAAGUGA